AGUUUUGAUUUUUAAAGAUUCAGAGAGAGAAGAAUCUCCUCUCCACCUAUUCGACUUUGAUUUGCGAUUCCGAUUUCGGAGGAGCGAUGGCUGCCGGAUCCGUGGCCUUCGCCGGCCUGGAGGUGGCACUCCGCCCCGCCCCGCCCUGCCGGAGGCCCCCGAUCCAGCUCGGCAGCUCCUUUCUCCACUCUCGGCGGCCGUGGCGCCGCCGCCGCUUGCCGGCGCUGGCGAAGAAGUCGCAGCAGCAGCAGAAGGGGAGUAGGCGGAAGGGCGACCUCCUCGUGGUGGUGGAUGAGCUCGGGGGGCAGUACGAGGAGGGGUUCGAGGACGUUCACUCGCAAUUGAUUAAUUUCUUCACUUACAAAGCAACAAGGACUGUGCUCCACCAGCUGUAUGAAAUGAACCCUCCAAGUUACAUGUGGUUAUAUAAUUUUCUCGUGAACAAUAAUCCGACUGAUGGUAAACGCUUUCUCCGUAUUUUGGCAAAGGAGAAGCAAGAUUUAGCAGAAAGAGUGAUGAUAACACGCCUUCAUCUGUAUGGCAAAUGGAUUAAGAAAUGUGACCAUGCGAAAAUGUAUCAGAGGAUUUCUGAUGAGAACCUACAGCUGAUGCGCGAACGACUGAUGGAAACAGUGGUUUGGCCGAAAGAUGAUCCAAACAUGGAAGAAACGGGUAACUUGUGACGUAUCGAUCAUAUUAUUUUUACUGGAUUUUGUAUGUAUUAGGUAAAUGUUAGUUAUAUGCCACCGUACUUUUGACUUUGUAUCUAAUCUUUCAUCAUCAGUUAUCACAGAAAUCAAGUCUCUGGUUGCUUUGAUGCUUCUAA